UUUUUUUGUCAAUCACCUUCUUUAAAUUCAAAUCGAACUACUAUUCGAUUUCUGAAGAGAAGAACCUUCGCGUUUUCCUUUAGGGUUUUAGAAUCCCUCGCUGUGAUACGUUGCAUUUGAAAAAUAUUGAUAUCUAGGGUUAAGUUGGAUUUAUCAAGGCUGGCGGAUUUCAAGGUCCAGUGAUGGCGGAUCCGCCUGGUUUCCGCCUCUCUCUGGAAUUCAGUUUUAGUUUCCGAGCGAACGAGGUUUUAGUGUCUGGUUUAGGGUUUGCUUCUGAGGAUUGUGGAGCGGAACUGUUGGAGUGGGAAGCAUGCUGAGCGUGCUGCGGGUGCACCUUCCAUCCGACAUUCCGAUCGUAGGAUGUGAGCUUACGCCGUAUGUGCUGUUGCGGCGACCUGAUAACUCCAUUACUACCGAUGAUGUUCCUGAAUCAUCCCCACUCGAUGGCUUCUACUUGAGGUACAAGUGGUAUCGCAUACAAAGUGACAGAAAAAUUGCUGUGUGUAGUAUACAUCCAUCUGAACAGGCUACCUUGCAGUGCUUAGGUUGUGUUAAGGCAAAGAUACCUGUUGCAAAAAGUUAUCACUGCUCACCUAGGUGCUUUUCAGAUGCAUGGCAACAUCAUCGUGCUCUUCAUGAUCGUGCGGCUAGUGCUGAAAAUGAAAAUGGAACUGAGGAGGAAGAGUUAUUUGGGCGCUUCAAUAGCUCGGGAUCUGGUGUAAUCAAUACAAGCUUAUCUAGUUCAACAUCAAGUAUAGGGCAUAAUUCUAGCUUGAACAAUGGUUCUGCACCUUUAUAUCCAACAGCUGUUACAGAAAGGCCCAGUGGUGAAAUAUGGUUUGAAGUUGGACGUUCCAAAACAUAUACUCCGACUGCUGAUGAUAUUGGCCAUGUUCUUAAGUUUGAAUGCGUAGGUGUAGAUGCAGAGUCUAAAUUACCUGUGGGACAUGUUAACACUAUAUUGACUUCCCGCGUAAUCCCAGCUCCCUCCCCUAGUCCCCGUCGUUUGAUUCCAGUCAGUGGAGUUGAUGUUAUGGGGCAUUUGGAUUCAAAUGGCCGUACUGUGUCCUUGGAAUCCUUUACCGUGCUAUCGUACAAUAUUCUCUCUGAUGCAUAUGCUUCAAGUGAACUAUACAGUUACUGCCCUUCUUGGGCACUUUCUUGGCCCUAUCGGAGACAGAAUUUGUUGCGUGAAAUUGUUGGCUACCGUGCAGAUAUCAUUUGUCUUCAAGAGGUUCAAAGUGAUCAUUUUGAAGGAUUUUUCACUCCUGAGCUGGAUAAACAUGGUUAUCAAGCUCUUUACAAGAAGAGGACAACUGAGGUUUACGGUGGAAGUGCCUAUGCAAUUGAUGGUUGCGCCAUAUUUUUCCGCCGAGACAGAUUUACUCAUGUCAAAAAAUAUGAGGUGGAAUUUAAUAAGGCUGCGCAAUCUUUGACUGAUGCAGUAAUACCAAGUACUCAGAAAAAAGUUGCUUUAAAUAGAUUGCUUAAGGAUAAUGUUGCACUAAUAGCGGUUCUGGAAGCAAAGUUUAUUACUGACAGGCGACAGCUUCUUUGUGUGGCAAAUACACAUUUAAAUGUUCACCAAGAUCUCAAAGAUGUUAAGCUUUGGCAGGUCCAUACUCUAUUAAAAGGACUGGAGAAGAUCGCAAACAGCGCAGAGAUCCCAAUGUUGGUUUGUGGAGAUUUUAAUUCAGUUCCUGGAAGUGCUCCUCAUGCACUGCUUGCAAUGGGAAAGGUUGAACCAAUGCAUCGAGAUUUAGAAGUGGAUCCCCUUGGAAUUUUCCACUCUGGCAGGAAGUUAACGCAUGAGCUACCUCUGGUCAGUGCUUACUCAUCAUUUGCAAGACUGGGUGUUGGUCUUGGUUUUGAGCAACAACGAAGGAGAAUGGACCCCACAACAAAUGAACCUUUAUUUACACACUGCACUAGAGAUUUUAUAGGCACUCUUGAUUACAUAUUUUAUACGGCGGACUCUUUAACUGUUGAAGCUUUAUUGGAGCUUUUGGAUGAGGAGACCGUACGGAAAGAUACAGCGCUUCCUUCUCCAGAGUGGUCUUCUGAUCAUAUAGCACUUUUAGCUGAAUUCCGCUGUAAGCCACCUAGAACAAGACGUUGACGCUACAAGAUGAUCUCCAAGUAAAGCAGUUCAGUGAGGAUAUUGAUUCAAUCAGUUAAGUUAUUUCAAUGGAGGAUUGUGCCGUCUGGUCAUCCGCAGGUGUUUUGUUAUGAUAUCCCAUUGUGAUCUACUUGUAUCAUGCCAUCCUUUUUCCCCCUUUUGGGUAAAAUCA